AUGAGCUGCUUCGUCUGCUUCGGGUCGGCGGCGCAGGACGGGGAGGCCAGGAAGCCCCCCGCCGCUGGCGCCGGCAAGGACGCCCCGCCGGAUCGCGCGGUGGCACGCGUCGGAUCAGAUAAAUCAAGAUCACAGGGUGGACCAGACUCUAAGAAGGAUCUAAUCAUCCAUAGGGAUGGGAAUAGUCAAAAUAUUGCAGCACAGACUUUCACUUUUCGUGAACUUGCUGCAGCCACUAAGAACUUCAGGCAAGAUUGCCUUUUAGGGGAGGGAGGUUUUGGUCGUGUAUAUAAAGGACGCUUGGAGAAUGGGCAGGCUGUUGCUGUGAAGCAACUUGAUCGUAAUGGUCUCCAAGGAAAUAGGGAAUUUCUGGUUGAGGUUCUCAUGCUCAGUCUCUUACAUCACACUAACCUGGUCAGUCUAAUUGGAUACUGUGCUGAUGGUGACCAACGCCUUCUUGUUUAUGAGUUUAUGCCAUUGGGAUCACUAGAAGAUCAUCUGCAUGAUCUUCCACCAGAUAAAGAACCUCUUGACUGGAACACAAGGAUGAAGAUAGCUGCAGGUGCAGCUAAGGGCUUAGAGUACCUUCAUGACAAGGCAAGCCCUCCAGUUAUUUACCGAGAUUUUAAGUCAUCAAACAUUCUUCUUGAAGAAGGAUUUCAUCCGAAGCUAUCAGACUUUGGCCUUGCAAAACUUGGUCCAGUUGGUGACAAGACCCAUGUUUCAACACGUGUGAUGGGUACAUAUGGCUACUGUGCCCCAGAAUAUGCAAUGACUGGGCAGCUGACAGUUAAAUCGGAUGUUUAUAGCUUUGGUGUCGUGUUCCUUGAACUCAUCACAGGGCGUAAAGCAAUUGACAACACCAAGGUCCAGGGGGAGCAAAACCUAGUGGCAUGGGCUCGUCCACUGUUCAAGGACCGAAGGAAAUUCCCUAAAAUGGCUGAUCCAAUGCUUCAGGGCCGCUUCCCUAUGAGGGGUCUAUAUCAGGCCUUGGCUGUUGCUGCCAUGUGCUUGCAAGAGCAAGCUGCUACACGCCCUCACAUCGGGGAUGUCGUCACUGCUCUCUCAUAUCUCGCUUCUCAGGCAUAUGACCCAAAUGCCCCUGUUCAACACAGCCGGAGCAAUUCAUCUACCCCCAGGGCCAGAAACCCUGCUGGAUGGAACGAAGACCAGCGCAGUGUGCGCUCGCCUAAUAAUCAUCAUUCUCCAGACCUGCGGCGGAGGGAUGGGGCCAGGGCAUCCAAGUAUGGAGCAGAGGUUAGCAGGACUAGCUCUACCAGCGACUCUGGCCGACGAUCAGGCCUGGAUGACAUGGACCUGACCGGGUCGCAAGUGGGAAGCCCAGCUCAGACCGGAAGAAGAAGAGAAGCUCCAAGGGCCAUUGACAGACAGCGCGCUAUCACGGAGGCCAGGGUGUGGGGGGAGAAUUCAAGGGACCGAACAAAUGGCCAUGGUAGCUUCGACAGCACACAUGAGUGA